GUUUUCCCCACACAUAUGGAACGUAAACCUCCCCGCCCCUUUAUUAGGCCAAUGUGAAGAGGCGCUUGUAAUUCCUCCCCUUGCUACUCCAAGUUGCAUAUGUGUGGGUUUCCCCAUUUUGUCUGCACAAAGUGGCCACCGGGCUCACUUCAUGGGCCCGGCUUGCCUACCUCCUCGCGAGGCUAAAAACGAAAGUUGUGGCCACUAAAAAAAAAAAAAAAAAAAAAAAAAAAAGUGGCCGUUUAGUAAUUGAGGCAAUUACCUGCCAAGCUGCUGCGCGCCCUAACUCUUCAACAACAACAACAACGAGGCAAUUACCAAUUAGUUUUCAUAAGUGAGGGUGUCAUAUCAGCCUUCCUGAUGUUAUUACCGCCCGCAUGUCAUCAUCAAGUGCUGAACGAAUCCUGCCUUGGCCUCUGCUGCUGAAGUCCUCGCCUCUGUAUUAAGGCCGCCGCCAUGGGCCGCGACUACACAAUCAGCGGAGUGAAGGUGGCCUUCCCCGAGAACGCCUACCCCUGCCAGAUGGCCAUGAUGGCAAAGAUAAUGCAGGGUCUGAAGCGCGGUCAGAACUGCCUGCUGGAGAGCCCCACCGGCUCGGGGAAGACGCUGGCGCUGCUCUGCGCCUCGCUGGCCUGGCAGCAGGCCGAGUGUGAGAGAGUUGACGAGUACAACCGAAAACUCGACAUGGAGGAGAGAGCUCAGACCCAGGAGCUGAUGCUGCGGGAGAUUCCCCAGCUCCGGACCGACCCCGCAGCGGCAGCGGCGGCAGCAGGAGGAGCAGCCUCAGCAGCGGCGGGACUCAGUGACCCGUCACCCAGACCCGGUGCCGAGGGCGGGCCGGGAUGGACCGGUGCCGGGCCCCCGGCCGCCGCAGCCGCGCCGGGGGCAGGCUGGGACGGUGAUGAGGACGACUUUCAGACAAUGGCCGAGAAGAGACUGCGGACCGCGCCGCCGAUCGCCCCGGAUGUGUCUAUGAUGGACACAUCAAUAUCCGACGUUGGGGACGAGAAUGGACUGCAGAACGGACGAAAGAAAAGACUCAAGAAGCCGAAGAUAUAUUUCGGAACACGGACUCACAAACAAAUCGCUCAAAUCACACGGGAGCUGCGAAGAACCAACUACAAACAUGCAAAGAUGACGAUUCUGGCCAGUCGGGACCACACCUGCAUCCAUCCGGACGUGUCGCGCUCGGCCAACAAGAACGACGGCUGCCGCGACCUGCGUGACCCGCACAACCAGGAGGGCUCGUGCGGCUACUUCACGCGGGCCAACCAGCGUCUGCGCUACCAGGAGCAGUUACCCGGGGAGGGUCUGUCGGAGGCCUGGUCGCUGGAGGAGCUGGUCGGUCUGGGCCGACGCAUCCGCGCCUGUCCCUACUACGCCGGCCGAAACCUGAAGGAGGACGCCGACAUCGUGUUCUGUCCGUACAACUACCUGAUCGAGCCCUCCAUAAGGGAGUCAAUGGAGAUCAGUCUCAAGAACCAGGUGGUGAUUCUGGACGAGGCGCACAACGUGGAGGACAGCUCGCGGGAGGCGGCCAGCGGCUCGUUCCAGCAGGCGCACAUCCAGGACGCCAUCCGCGACCUGGAGAAGGCAGCCUCCGGGCAGCGGCAGACCCAGUUCGAGUGCAGGGACAUGGCCCGGAUGCUGUCUCACAUCAGCCAGUGGAUGGACCGACACUCCGACCGGCUGGAUCAGUACAAGGAGUUUGACAGGGGCUGUCGGGUGUUCAGCGGAACAGAGAUGGUGGCCCACUUUACCACCAUGGGCAUCGGACACAAGGAGUUCCCCGAUAUACAGCGUUCGUACGGCGCCAUCUAUACCGAGGAGGAUUUUAGGACUAAA